AUGAUCUUCAAAACAUCCAAAUAUUAUUUGCAAGCGGUUUCACCCUCUCAUCAUCACAAUUUGUACCAAAUUUUAGGUGUUUCUCGCACAUCAUCUCCGAAACAAAUUAAACAAGCCUUCUUGCAGCUUGUUAAGCAAUAUCAUCCCGAUAACAAGAAUGGUGAUGAAGAAUUAUUUAAACAAGUCAAUGAGGCUUACAAAACACUGUCGGAUCCAUUAAAGAGAGCAGAAUAUGAUGCAGAAAUUCGUCAUCAAGAACGUAAUGAAGAAAUAUUAAAACAACAACGAGAAUUUACCAAUGGUCAUCAUUCAGAUCAAACCAAUCCACGAGUAAGAACCAUACAUCUUUCGGAAGAGGAAAAGAAGAAAUUUGUGGAGUCUCUCGCAAAAAGAAAGAAAGAAGAUAUGCAAGCUUUGAGAAGAUCACAUGAGGCCAUGUUUGUAGAAAUGAGAAAACACAAAAAGAGUCCCCUGAAAUUUAUCUUGUUGAUUAUUGGAGCUGUUUUCACACUAUGGGGAAUUAAAUUAACAAUGUGGUAUAAUUCAGUUUAUAAGAAUUACAAAUCUCAAGAAGAGAUCAUAGACGUUGUUCAUCCAAUGGCAAACGACAAAGAGGCGAAUUCACAAAAAAACUCUCAAGUUCCAGAACAAGUGAGACAAUUACUUAUUCAAAAUCAGAGUAGAGCCUAUGUGGAUGCUAAAUAUUACAAACAGUCUCCUCCAAAUCAUUAA